GGCCGCCGGAAGUCGUAGUUUCGGAAGUGCCGCGCGUGAGGCAGCCGUCCGGGCCCGGAGAGGCGGGGAACUACACGUCCCGGCGGGCGCAGCGGCCUGGCGCUUCCGGCUCGCGCGUCUAGUCCCUUUCCCGGCCGGCGGCCGAGGGGGCAUCAUGAAGCGGGCUGGCGGCGCUGCCGCUCCCGGGCGGCCGCGGGCGGGAGGUGCUGCCCAAGGACCGUAGAUGCCUUUCUAGAGCAUGAGCUCAGGCAAGAGUGCCCGCUACAACCGCUUCUCCGGGGGGCCCAGCAAUCUUCCCACCCCAGACGUCACCACAGGGACCAGAAUGGAAACGACCUUCGGACCCGCCUUUUCGGCCGUCACCACCAUCACAAAAGCUGACGGGACCAGCACCUACAAGCAGCACUGCAGGACACCCUCCUCCUCCAGCACCCUUGCCUACUCCCCGCGGGACGAGGAGGACAGCAUGCCCCCCAUCAGCACUCCCCGCCGCUCCGACUCCGCCAUCUCCGUCCGCUCCCUGCACUCAGAGUCCAGCAUGUCUCUGCGCUCCACAUUCUCACUGCCCGAGGAGGAGGAGGAGCCGGAGCCACUGGUGUUUGCGGAGCAGCCCUCGGUGAAGCUGUGCUGUCAGCUCUGCUGCAGCGUCUUCAAAGACCCCGUGAUCACCACGUGUGGGCACACGUUCUGUAGGAGAUGCGCCUUGAAGUCAGAGAAGUGUCCCGUGGACAACGUCAAACUGACCGUGGUGGUGAACAACAUCGCGGUGGCCGAGCAGAUCGGGGAGCUCUUCAUCCACUGCCGGCACGGCUGCCGGGUAGCGGGCGGCGGGAAGCCCCCCAUCUUUGAGGUGGACCCCCGAGGGUGCCCCUUCACCAUCAAGCUCAGCGCCCGGAAGGACCACGAGGGCAGCUGUGACUACAGGCCUGUGCGGUGUCCCAACAACCCCAGCUGCCCCCCGCUGCUCAGGAUGAACCUGGAGGCCCACCUCAAGGAGUGCGAGCACAUCAAAUGCCCCCACUCCAAGUACGGGUGCACGUUCAUCGGGAACCAGGACACUUACGAGACCCACCUGGAGACUUGCCGCUUCGAGGGCCUGAAGGAGUUUCUGCAGCAGACGGAUGACCGCUUCCACGAGAUGCACGUGGCUCUGGCCCAGAAGGACCAGGAGAUCGCCUUCCUGCGCUCCAUGCUGGGAAAGCUCUCAGAGAAGAUCGACCAGCUAGAGAAGAGCCUGGAGCUCAAGUUUGACGUCCUGGACGAAAACCAGAGCAAGCUCAGCGAGGACCUCAUGGAGUUCCGGCGGGACGCAUCCAUGUUAAAUGACGAGCUGUCCCACAUCAACGCGCGGCUGAACAUGGGCAUCCUAGGCUCCUACGACCCUCAGCAGAUCUUCAAGUGCAAAGGGACCUUUGUGGGCCACCAGGGCCCUGUGUGGUGUCUCUGCGUCUACUCCAUGGGUGACCUGCUCUUCAGUGGCUCCUCUGACAAGACCAUCAAGGUGUGGGACACAUGUACCACCUACAAGUGCCAGAAGACACUGGAGGGCCAUGAUGGCAUCGUGCUUGCUCUCUGCAUCCAGGGGUGCAAACUCUACAGCGGCUCUGCAGACUGUACCAUCAUUGUGUGGGACAUCCAGAACCUGCAGAAGGUGAACACCAUCCGGGCCCAUGACAACCCGGUGUGCACGCUGGUCUCCUCACACAACGUGCUCUUCAGCGGCUCCCUGAAGGCCAUCAAGGUCUGGGACAUCGUGGGCACUGAGCUGAAGUUGAAGAAGGAGCUCACAGGCCUCAACCACUGGGUGCGGGCCCUGGUGGCUGCCCAGAGCUACCUGUACAGCGGCUCCUACCAGACAAUCAAGAUCUGGGACAUCCGAACCCUCGACUGCAUCCACGUCCUGCAGACGUCUGGUGGCAGCGUCUACUCCAUUGCUGUGACAAAUCACCACAUUGUCUGUGGCACCUACGAGAACCUCAUCCACGUGUGGGACAUUGAGUCCAAGGAGCAGGUGCGGACCCUCACGGGCCACGUGGGCACCGUGUAUGCCCUGGCGGUCAUCUCGACGCCAGACCAGACCAAAGUCUUCAGUGCAUCCUACGACCGGUCCCUCAGGGUCUGGAGUAUGGACAACAUGAUCUGCACGCAGACCCUGCUGCGUCACCAGGGCAGUGUCACCGCGCUGGCUGUGUCCCGGGGCCGACUCUUCUCAGGGGCUGUGGAUAGCACUGUGAAGGUUUGGACUUGCUAACAGGAUCCAGGCCAGGCUGUGGUUUCCCCUGAACCAGCCCUGGACCUUUCUGAGCCAGGCUGGCCACAUGGGGUGGUCUCGGGGUUUCUGCCUGCCCCGUGGGCACAGGUGGACAGGCUCUGGCAGCCGGGCAGUGCCCUCCCCGUCCCAUGCUCGGCGAGCCUCCCUCUACUCGGCACUGUCCUCGCUGCCCAGCCCCUCUCUGGGUGCCAGGUACGACGCUUGCCCCGGCCCACCCUCCAUCCCCACCCUAGAUGGAGCGAGGGCCUUUUUACUCACCUUUUCUACUGUUUUUAGACUGUAUGUAGAUUUGGUUACCUCCUGGUUGAAAUAAAUGCUCCACAGACUGUGGCUGUGAGUGGGGACAGCUCCUCGGGACAAGGGGGCUGUGUGUGGCCUUGAGGUUGGUGUGCACAGGCACUGGCUGCUGUGAGUGGGGGGGCAUGGGGCAGUUUCCUUUGGUGGACCCCAGGACUUCGGCCCACUCCGGGGCCUCCCCUCCCUGCUAGGAGGCAACUCGUCACACCCAAGCUGCUGGCCUCCAGUCCCAUCUCCCCCAACACAUGUGCCCCCAAAAAGUGAGCCAGGCACCUCUGUUUCCUGCUGUUUAUUGACAGCCGACGGCAGCGCCUUGCCCAGACCUCCCCUGCCCACCUGCUGGAGCCCAGCCUGUGCCGCCCUCUGAGGAGAGGCCUGGGGGGACAGCUGGGCACGUCCACUCACAGGGAAACGGGGUGAGACAGCAGGAAGGGGCCCUGCACGCCGGGACGCCACCUCCGCCAGCCGCCUCCACCCGCCCCACACCACAAUCGCUGGUUUUCGGCAUUUUUUAAAUUUUUUUUUUAAGAAACGUCAAAGUUGUGCCCAACACUGUAGAUCAGCAAACACGAUAGAGGAGACCAGUCAGUACUUCUUGGAGGGGGCAGGAGGAGAGAGAGGAAAAGGGAGGGCGAGAAUGACCACACAACACAGCCUUGGACCAUGAGCAGAAGCAUCCGUGGGAACUCCACUGGUGUGGAUGGGCUGCCUGCACAGCCCCUGGAGAGGGGGCCAGGCACACCCUCAGAGGAGCUGCAAGCCCGUGGCCUGGCCUGCUACGUGCCCUGCUUCCACGUGGCUGCCACGCUGACACACCCACAUUCACCAAACCCACCCGCGCCCUGGGACGCAGCCACGCCAGGAGGAGGACACAGCCGCCGAGAGCAAGGCACAACCUCGAGUUCUUGGGGCGCAGAGAACUUACUUAGGAGAGAAGCACGGAGGAGCCCCCGGCAGAGCACCCGCCCCCGGGCCCCAGCCUUCCACCUGUGCUAGCAGCCUGGGGCCUCCACUCUGGCCGGAGGGAGGAAGGACCGCAGGCAGACAGCCUGGGCCUCUAACAGCUUUUGUCCGGAGCUAGACUUCGUGUCCUUUUCAGUUGGUAAAUGGUUUUCUAUAGAAUCAAUAAUAUUUCUUUCUUUAAAUAUAUAUUUGUUAAAGUUA